AUGCGUCUCAAACGUGAGCUUCAUGGUGUUUCUGAUGAACUAGUCCGGAAACUUUUAGUUGAAUCAGGACGCCAGCAUUUACUUGCCAUUCCAGAAGAUAUCAAUAGUGACCUGCCAACUAAAUCUGAGAAGGUUAGUUUUGCCGAAGUCGGUGAGAUGAUUGAGUGCCGCUUAAAUCAAUUUAUCGAGGAGAGUCUAACUUGCUGCGUCAAUGAACUUUUGAACGAGCAUUUGGAUGGCAUCACGGACGAUUACCGUGAUAAGCUGUAUGCCGAUUACAAGAUGCACGAAGACGAAUUUUAUGAACGGGUCGAGGAUAUCAAUUCCGAGGUCCGCAGUACAGCCGACGAAUGUAUGCAGGAAAUGGAAGAACUGGCGCAACGGUGUAUGGAUAAGAUCGAAGAUCAGGGAACUAAGUAUACUGUAUCUCAGAAAAAUGAAGUCGACAAACUCAAGCCAUUGUCUCAGGGUCUGGCGCACCCCUUUUUUAAUGGGAAUGCAUGUCUGAUCUUUGAUUCAGGUACUCAUGCCAGGCGCGGUUCCAUCUAG